AUGUCCGACGUCGAUCGACUCCUCGCGCUCGUCGAGAAGAUGCUGCCGCUGGGCAAGGACGAAUGGGAGCGGUUGGCGAUGGCGUACAACGCAAACCGCCAACGCGGUGCGCCCGAGAGAGACUACGAGAGCCUUCGGCGUAAGUUCAAGGUGCUUUACAGCACGAGGAAGCCGACCGGCGUACAGGAGAUGCCCCCUCACAUCAAGAAGGCGAAGGAGAUCAAGCCAGCCAUCGACGCCAAGGCCAACGUCGUCGAGAUGGACGACGAGGCCGACGACGACCAGCCCGAC